GCAACCACGUUACACAAUGCCCAUGUGACAUUAUCUCUGGCUCAUGUACAUGGCAGGCAGUUUUGGUCAAAGUUUCUGAGAUGCUAACUGUUGGUUAUUCAUUUAUUUAAAUGAAAGGUAAAGAUGCAGCUGAAGAACUACUUAUACAAGUUGACGGUGAAUCUUUAACGCAGUCUGUUGACCGAGAUCGCAAACUCUAAACGCAUUUUUCAUGUAAGAGUAUUAGGAUGCUCUCCUGUCUGAUUUAGGUUAGCAACAUCUUCCAGUGUUUAUAUACCUUCAUCUUUGUGUAUCCCGCAUCGUUUCAUCUGGAAUAAAGGAAAAUAAGUUGCGAAUGAAGCCGUCAAGCGCUGAAAGUCGUUUAACGUUACACUCUUGAUAUUGAACUGAAUCGGACACAACAUGAUAUCGCGACAGAGUAAGGAUUUUCUCAUACGGAUCGCCGGUUACUGGAAGCCGCUUUUCAGAGGCAGAUUUCUAAUCGUGACGAACACCGUAAGUUGUGGAGGAAUGCUUGCAGCCGGCGACUUCAUCCAGCAAACGAGAGAAACGCGGAGGACACCCGGAAGAACACGUGAUUGGUUUCGUACAGGUUGCAUGUUUGCAGUGGGGUGCUCCAUGGGUCCUGUUAUGCACUAUUGGUACAUGUUGCUCGACAAAUACUUUGUUGGUAAUGGCAUUAAAAAUGUCUGCAAGAAAGUUCUCACAGACCAAUUGGUCGCGUCGCCAACACUGGGAGCCUGGUAUUUCCUUGGCAUUGGUGUAAUGGAGGGCCACACUCUGUCAGAGGCACAAGCAGAAUUCAAAGACAAAUUUUGGGAGUUUUAUAAGGCAGAUUGGUGCGUUUGGCCAGCGGCUCAGAUGGUAAACUUCUACUUCUUGCCUCCCAAGUUCCGUGUCCUUUAUGUAAAUAUAAUUACUCUAGGAUGGGACACUUACCUCUCCUACCUCAAACACAGGGACAAAGUAGGGGUCCCAACAAUUGCUGAUUGACAUCUGAAGAAAUGGUGGACUAUUUGAAACGCGGCAUUGAUCACGAAAUUAAAUUAAAUAUUGUUUUUUUUAUUUCAAGUUAUAAAUUUCUAAUUAUUUGAUCUAUAAAAUAAUGAUGCAAGCUAAAUAUUACACUAUCUUUUGAUUUUUUUUUUUAAAUAUUUUUAAUUGUCUUUAAAUGUGUAUUGUUGACACAUGAAUAACUUAAAUGAUAUUGUUUUACAAGUUUUUUCUCUUAAUGGUAUAGUACAGACUUUUAACAGUAGUUUUUUUACUGUAACAAGUCAUACUUUGAUUUCAGCCAACCAGAAAUGCCAAUACGUCAUGUAUACAGUUGUGAAGGUAUACUUUUAUAUUAUGCUACGUUAGAAGUAAUGUGGCUGGGUGUUUGUUCGCCACUGACCUGAACAUGAACGGUUACUAUUCCAUCAUUGUUUUUCACAAAUUGCCUUUAUAUGAACAUGCUUGUAUUUUUUAUGAUGAAAGAAAUGUAUUUAAAGACCUUUGAUCUCCGCGUUGUCAUUAUGUGACUUAAAGUGAUUAUUUGUUGAACAAUAAAUUUGUUUGGUUUUUGAUGA